UUUAUUACCACUGCUGUUAGUUCAAAGUUUAUGGGCAUGACUUUAUGCCAACACAGAUACCAGUAACAGCGUCCCCAUUAUUCACCAGCAGAAGUGAAGCUUCUAUUCACUGGAUUUCUCAUUUAGAGAACUAAGAAUCGAGGAGGGAAAUCUUACUGCACCUCAGAAAAACACUUUCCUGAUAAAAUGCCAUCCAAGAGAAAAUCCCUGAUGUUUGCUUCUGCUUUUUUCACCAGUGUUAUCUCCUUGGUGAUAGUUUGCCUUGUUCUUGCAACCAAAAACUGGGUUUCAAGUGAGAUUAAAUUCAGUGAUGUAAAUUCCACUGAGACAAUAUUCAUUACAUAUGGACUCUUUGAAGGAUCUUGUUCAAAGAACGUGCAAAAUGGACUUAGCGUUGAGGAUACCCCUUUCCAAGUUGCAGAUUUGCUGGAAAAUACUAAAGCGAAGGGUUUCAACAUUGUGAUUAUUAUUCUCCUAGUUCUUAGUUUGAUCACCUCCUUCCUCAGUUCUGGAUUUACAUGCUACAAUGCCAUUAGCAACCCCUACCAAACCUUUCUGGGCCCUAUUGGGGUCUAUACCUGGAAUUCCAUAUCUGGCACCUGCUCCCUCCUUGGCUUGUUUCUAUUUCCUGCAAAUGUGGAAGUGAACAAACUGUCAGUUGAGCUGUCUGCACCUUGCGGUCCUCCAACCGGAGCCACACCCUCUAACACUUACGGAUAUUCAUACUGGAUUGUGCUCCUUAUAGUCCUUUCAAAUGCUGCAGGUAUCAUUAUCAUUGUUUUCUACCAACGUGCACGGUAUUCGAAAAGGAAAGAGCGAGAGAGACCCAUGGAAAUUGCACCCAAAGAUGGCAUUUUAUUCUGAUGGAACCUGCUGCUUAAUUUCAAGGACAAGUGUGCAAUCUAUACCACCAUCAUUGACCGUACAUGUAUGCCAGGCCCACUGACUUAUGUAGGGUGGAUAAUUCAGCGCAGGGUUGCUACCUGUAUGAAUAAAACAGAACAACAAUGUGGACAAUUGGGGCUGAUAAAUGGAAAA